CGAUCCUUUCUGCGCAUCCAACAUUGCUCCGGGCAGACCAAUGGGAGAAAAAUGUAUAUGUGUGGUGUGGCUUUGAGGAGUACGUAUACAUACACACACGUCGCUGGAUCCUGCCCAGGUGUAUGGCGGCAUACCACGUGGUCGGGAACGCAAAGGUCCAAGAGUUUACGUCUACGCCGUCUACGUCUCAGAUGUAAGAGCGCUCCCGAUGUCGCGUUCGUCCCCGUUCGAGCCGAGUAUCGCUGUCGACAUUUCAUGUUUCGCCGUUUGCAACUCGUCUGCCGAUAAUCUCGUUGUCGGUGCGGAGAGCGACACGUGAAUUCUUUCGCGGUUCGCGCGACCGACUCCCUCGACGGCCUCUCAUAGGUUAUGUGACAUCGUCGGGCUCGCUUAAACCAAGAAUAAAAAUGAAAAGGUUGUUUCGACAAUGGUUUAAAACGAAAACCAAGCAGGACGUCGCGCGACUCCGGCAAAGGAUGGCGAUAGUUUACGCUGUCGUAGGAUGGCACGCUUUCGGCUUCAUAUUCUAUUCUAUCCUGAAAAAGGAGGUGCCGGAGGACGCCGCGGAACGAAGGAUGGCGUACGGACACCUGACCGGCACGUCCCCGAACAUGAAAGUGUACCAGGUAACGGGCCUGACGCUCACCAAAGACUUCGAAAUCGCGUACAAGGCCAAGGUCGAUCAGAUCGAGAGAGAGAACAAGGAGAGCGAAGACGCAACUGCCGAGACGGACGAGCCUUAAACUUUCCUCAGGGAAGGGAUCUCCGCAAGGCAAUAGCGCCAACGUUGGAACCGCCGGAUUCCGGAUUCAAUUCCUUCAGUCUCUGUUCCAUCUCGCAUAGCAGCGCCGAUCUGUAGAGGCAGACGUGUGAAAUACAAAGUGUUACGAUACCGUGUUAA